GGAAAUGACCGCAGCACGCCGGAAGUUUACCCGUUUCCAAGGCAACGGCUCCACGACCCCUCUAACAAGUUGGCUGGAGUCAGGACGCUGGAAAGCAACUCCGAGGAGAGGGUACCAGCCCACGGCGGCCGCCGCCAGAAUGACUCGCGGGGAGUAGCAACCGAAGACGGCGGCCGCCUCAGUAGCCAUCGCGUGUGGAGGAUAAACGGCCGACACGGCCAACGCGGCGGCCAGUUAAGGGAAAGAGUUAGCGAAGACCAGGACUUUAGUCCCAGUGAAGACUGGGAAAGAAUCCGUGAAGACGGCGGCCACCUCUGUCGGGGCUCUACAAGAAGACUAAGUGAAAACAUCGGUUUCUCCCCCAGUGAUUCGAGAAGAGUCAAUGAAAACCUGGGCAGUGUCUCUCGGGAGAGAGUUACGGGAGAUGGAGGCCGCCGUCACAGCAGCUCCUGGGAGAGAGUAAGGGGAGCCCAAGGCUUCAGCAGCAGCGACGUGAAUUUAAGUGAGGUCGGCAGCCACCGAACUAGUGACUGUGAGGGACUGGUCGGAGAAGACCGCGGCCUCUGCUUUAGUGAUUCUUGGGAGGGUGUCAGAGAAGUCCCGGGCCCCCAACCCGGCGACUCCGGCGAGAGAGGCAGUGACUACUGCAGACGCCGCCUCAGUGGCUCUUGGGAGGAAGGGAGUGUCUAUGGCGGCCACAGCCUCAGUAAUUCCUGGGAGGGAAUAAGUGAAGACCGCGGCUACGCGGCCAGCGACUCCUCCGCGGUGAGCGUAGACACCAGCUGCUGCCUCCGUGGCUUCUGGGAGAGAGAAAGUAUAGACGAGGGUUUCCGCUGCCGGAGCUUUUGGGAGAAAACCAGGGAGGACCGGGUCCCCGGUCUUAGCGACGACGAAGGCAGCCACUACAGUGGCUCGUGGGUGACAGCAAGUGAAGAUCGCCGCAGCAGCGGAGGCCUGGACUCGAGUCCUCCCCGGAGUCCGAGGGAUCGCACCAUGCCAGGGGUGUCCGAUUCAGGCCCCUCCACCUCCUCUAGGGAGACUGCAACCCCGUGUGCCCGGAAGAAGGUUCAUUUUGGUAACAUACAUGAUGCAGUACGGGCUGGAGAUGUAAAGCAGCUUUCAGAUAUAAUAGAACGAGGAGUCUGCAUUAAUGAAGUUGACAUUCUCCAUAAGUUUACCCCUUUACAUUGGGCAGCACAUUCUGGAAGUUUGGAGUGUCUUCAUUGGCUCCUCUGGCAUGGAGCUGAUAUCACACAAGUAACUUUGAGAGGUUGGACAGCAGCUCACAUAGCUGCAAUCAGAGGUCAGGAUGCUUGUAUGCAGGCUCUCAUAAUCAAUGGGGCAAAUCUGACAGCUCAAGAUGAUCGUGGAUGCACUCCUUUACACCUUGCUGCAACACAUGGACAUUCUUUCACUUUACAAAUAAUGCUCCGAAGUGGAGUGGAUCCCAGUGUGACUGAUAAGAGAGAAUGGAAGCCUGUGCACUAUGCAGCUUUUCAUGGGCGACUUGGCUGUUUACAGCUUCUCGUUAAAUGGGGAUGUGGAAUAGAAGAUGUGGACUACAACGGAAACCUUCCAGUUCACUUAGCAGCCAUGGAAGGUCACCUUCACUGCUUUAAAUUCCUACUCAGUAGAAUGAACAGUACAACACAAGCUUUAAAAGCCUUCAAUGAUAAUGGAGAAAAUGUAUUGGAUCUGGCCGAGAGGUUCUUUAAGCAGAAUAUUUUGCAGUUUAUCCAAGGAGCUGAGUAUGAAGGAAGUGAUCCAAAAGAUCAGGAAACCUUAGCAUUCCCAGGUCAUGUGGCUGCCUUUAAGGGUGAUUUGGAAAUGCUUAAGAAAUUAAUAGAAGAUGGAGUAAUCAAUAUUAAUGAACGGGAUAAUAAUGGUUCAACUCCUAUGCAUAAAGCUGCUGGGCAAGGCCACAUAGAGUGUUUGCAGUGGAUAAUUAAAAUGGGAGCAGACAGUAAUAUUACGAACAAAGCAGGGGAGAAACCCAGCGAUGUGGCUAAGAGGUUUGCCCAUUUAGCAGCUGUAAAGCUACUAGAGGGGCUACAGAAAUAUGACAUAGAUGAUGAGAAUGAAAUUGAUGAAAAUGAUAUAAAGUUUUUUUCAAGACAUGGUGUUGAGGGAAGCACUGAUGCCAAGGAUGAUUUAUGUCUCAGUGAGUCGGAUAAGACAGAUGCCAGAAUGAGAGCUUAUAAGAAAAUUGUUGAAUUGAGACACAUGCUGGAAAUUGCUGAGAGCAACUAUAAACACCUGGGAGGGAUAACAGAAGAAGAUCUAGAGCAGAAGAAAGAACAGCUUGAGUCUGAAAAGACUAUCAAGGAGCUGCAGGGCCAGCUGGAGUAUGAACGGCUUCGUAGAGAAAAAUUAGAAGGUCAGCUGGAUGAGUAUCGUGCAGAGGUGGAUCAACUCAGGGAGACACUGGAAAGGAUUCAGGUCCCCAACUUUGCUGUGGAAGAUGACUCUUCUUGUGAGUCAAGCAAAGAGAAGAGGCGAAUUAAGAAAAAGGUGUCUUCUGGGGGAGUUUUUGUGAGAAGCCAAUUUGUUACUGUCUUGGGGCAGUUGCCUAGAUCUGCCGCACCCUGAAGAUCUGAUUGUUGGCUUUGGGCCUUGCUGGCCACAGCCUUCUCACCACACCCCCGACUGCCCACCCUCUGGACCCUGGCACGUACUUUCCGUGGAUGCUUAAAGGCCAUUCUGACACAGUAUCAUCGGGACCAGUUUGCCCUAACAUGAGCGUAUUUGCAUGGGAGACCAGUUCAGGCUGGUCGGAGGUCUGUAAGCCAGUUUUAAAAAAUGCCUCACCUAUCCUUUUGAUCAUUGUUAGUUUCUCUAUGGUUUGCAAGAGGCCUUCGAUCUAUAAUAAAACAUUUAUUUGGUACGUACUAUGUGUGAGACCUGUGCCGAGUCCUUUCCACAUACUAUCUUUUAAUUCUCACCACAGCAGUAGGAGAUAGGUGUAUUUUACAGAUGGGAAUUAAGUAAUUUGCCCAGAAUCACACAGCCCUGUGAAGCCAGGAUUCUCACCUCAGUGGGGAAAGUUCAGAGUCUGCAUUCUUAACCACUACAGGAAUUCCCGAACCCAGUUUCUCACCUUCUGGGACUAGACACAGCCUUCCUUCCAGGCUGGUGACCCUAAGGUGAAUCCCUACUCUGUACAUAGUUUGUUAUUCUUGCUCCAGUUUUCUCAAGGCCACAUCUCCAGUCUCUCUCUGUACCACUGAGGUAGGAAAUAACUAGAAGAGUGUUGUCAUAGAAGCGUGCACCCUUGAAGGAAGAGGUUCCCUGGUUGUCCCCCAGUACCUGUUCUCCCUUUUUUCCACAGUGUUAGGAUUUGCCUGGGCUUGUGGCUGCUCAGGAUAAAGGCUAACUUCCCAAUCUCCUUUGCAGCUAAAACAUCAAGUUGUGGCCAAUAGAGUAUGGACAAAAAAUGGUGUGUAUAUAACCUCAGGGUCAUGACCUUAAAGGGAAGGGGCUUGCCCACAUCUUGCCCCUUUCUGCUUGUGGGAUGUGGAUAUGGUGGUGAGUCAUGGGACCUUGUGAAUGAGGGCAACACCAGGGAUGGUAGAACAGUAAGAUAAAAAGGAUCCUGCGCCUGGAUACCAUGGAGCCGACAUACUAGCCUGGGAAAGCUUAUACCUAGACUGUAGGUAAGAGAGAACUUAAACCUCUUUGUUCUUUAAACCAUUAUUAUUUUGGGUAUUAUAGCUGCUGAAUCAAAAUUGUUAAUACAAUCCUGAAAUUAUAUGUAUUUAAUCAUAAAUCACAUAUAUGUAUUAUUCUGUUAUGUGUGGUGUUUUCCAACACAACCAAUUCUUGGAUUUUCUGGACACCGUCUGGGUGUUCAACAAUUCAUUUCUGAUACUAACUUCCCAGAGUUCGCGUCAGACCACAGGUUAAAAGCUCAGUCCCACAAGAAUGUCGCCAUUUCAGACACCCUUUUUCAAAUCCCAGGUUGUCACUGGUACUUCUGACUAAUCAGUG